AAGACGAAGAAGAAGAAAUAACUUUGUGCUGCCUCUGGUUGUAAACUGCAGAGAUUUAAUUCCUUGAAGAAAUUGAAGAAACUUUCACAGCUGAAGAAGAAACAAGCAGGAGGAAUUACUCCAGGAGAAACUUCUGACAUACUAUUGGAAAGAUGGAGUUUGAGGAAGAAACCUGCAGAAUUAAAGAUAAAGAUACAGAGGAACAAACAGACUCCGUGGAAGCGAAUGAAGACAAACAGCAUCAGUUUCAAAAACCUUAUCAUUUCAUAAACGAAGAUGAAAAUGCCACCGUUUUACAGUCUGAAAAGAAUUUCACACAAAAACAAACUGGAACAACUGCAGUCAAAGGAUCUUUCACCUGCUCUCAGUGUGGAAAGAGUUUCAAACUUAAAUCAAAACUACAAAUACACCUGAGAGUUCACACUGGAGAGAGGCCUUAUGCAUGCACUCAGUGUGAAAAGAGUUUUGGUAGUAAAGCAAGCCUAAAUGAGCACAUGCGAGCUCACAGUGCAGAAAAACCCUUCACAUGCACUCAGUGUGGAAAGAGUUACAAACAUAAAUCAAAUCACAAAAUACACCUGAGAGUUCACACUGGAGAGAGGCCUUAUGCAUGCACUCAGUGUGAAAAGAGUUUUGGUAGUAAAGCAAGCCUAAAUAUACACAUGCGAGCUCACAGUGCAGAAAAACCCUUCACAUGCACUCAGUGCGGAAAGAGUUACAAACAUAAAUCAAAACUACAAAUGCACAUGAGAGUUCACACUGGACAGACGCUUUAUACAUGCACUCAGUGUGGAAAGAGUUUUGUUGUUAAAGGAUACCUAAAUGAGCACAUGAGAAUUCACACUGGAGAAAAACCCUUCACAUGCACUCAGUGCGGAAAGAGUUUUGUAUCCAAACAUAUUCUGAGAAAACAUCAGCUCUCUCACACUGGAGUGAAAUCAUUCAGCUGUGAUCAGUGUGAUAAAACAUUUGCUUCUGCGUGGAGCAUGAGACAACAUCUUAAUAGUCAUGCUGGUGUGAAGCCUUACAUUUGCUCUGAUUGUGGAAAGAGUUUUACACUACUAACAACUUUACAACAUCACCGGCUUAUUCAUACUGGAGUGAGAUCUCAUAUGUGCUUUGACUGUGGAAAGACAUUUCUUACAUCUAGUAGUUUAAAAAAACACCAGUGGAUUCACACUGGAGAGAAACCGUACAAGUGCUCGCUCUGUGGAAAGAGUUUCACUCGCUUCGAAGGCUGGAAAAUUCACGAGAGAGUUCAUACUGGAGAGAAGCCCUACCAGUGCUCUUCAUGUGGGAAGAGUUUUGCCACAUCAUCUACUCUACGGACUCAUAAGAAAAAGCAUUGCCCAAAGUUGUCUAAGUGAGCAAAGUUCAUGUUCAUAUCCAUCACUUACAAGCAGUGGCCGCUGGUUUAAGUUAGCCUGGGAAGAUACAUUUAAAUGUACAUUGCAAAAUAAUUAAGAAAUUGUAUUAUUUAGUCAUACUAUUCGACUGGUAGUCAUGUUAGCAGUUAUUAAAAAUCAAUGUUUUUUUGUGUGUGCGGGGCACCGAACAAAUUGGUCAUUUAGGUCUGUAAACUUUUGAAACCCAUGUGUCUUGAGGCUGAGCUCUAAUUGGCUUGUACCAAAUUGUCCUCAGAUCCUCCCACUUUAGAUCUUAGCGAAAUAAUUUAGUUUGUAUGUUUUUUGGCCUUGUGUGAUUUGACCGUUCUUGACUUUCAAAUUUGCGCAGGAUCUCUUCUGAGAUUAAUGAAAAUUUUAUUUUAUCUUUAAAAAAAAAAUCCUUUCACAAGGCAUUCAAAUGAAGAAGAAGAAAAAGCUAGGACCGAGUUGGCUAGCUGGAUGCGAUGCAAGUUAUGCCUUUUGUUUUCUCUGUUUGUUACGUCAGAGUCUUGUCACCGAACGUUGUGGGCAACAACACAGAAGCAAACUGAAACAAUGCAGUUUAACUCCAGGCGAUCAUCUGAGGCCAAGCACCAUUGCUUGUGUAGGUGAUGCAGUUAAACAAUAUGUCCCUUUUCAAGUAAAAUAUGAGUCAUAAUCAGUAAUUAUCAUUAUAUGCACAAUAUUAAAAUAGAUAAAUAAUAUAGUGCACCUUCUUUAGUUGGACAUACAUUCAGUUAUAUCUGAAUACUUGACAUAUAUUGUCAAUACCAUUAAAAAUGAAUGGUCUAGAAGUAUUUUAUUAGAUUAGUUUUUGCAUACUUGUUAUAUUGGGCUUUAUUAAACUUUUACAAAUAUAAUGUCUUUAUAUAUGCAAUUUUUUUUUUUACUACAAGUCAAUGUAUUGAACAAUUCUCGCAGUCUUUAAACUGAGAUCUUAAAGGGUUUGCCAUACUGUGGCUCUCUUGUGUGGACAACAUGAUAAUGAUUGCCUUCAUGACUAAAUUACAUUAAUAUAAUUAUUGAUUUAUUUUUUAAUUAUUAUUAUUACAAAUGUUCAGUGUUUACUUUACUGAUACACUCACAUU